UUUACAUUUUACACCUGGCCUCAUCGUUCGGGUCAACGUCGUCCUUGUCCUCUUCCCUCACCUUUUACCUUCACUCCCUCAGACUCUCUUUUAUUGUCUACUACUAUGGCCGAAGCUGGAGAAGAAAUUAUGGCCUCGGCCUAUGUCGGUUUCGACUCUAUCACCAGGCAGAUUGAACAUAAGCUGCUGAAGAGAGGGUUCCAGUUCAACGUUCUCGUGGUCGGUCCAACUGGGUUGGGAAAAUCAACCCUCAUCAACACCAUCUUUGCCUCGCACCUUGUGGAUAGCAAAGGUCGGUUCACUGCCGAUGAACCCGUAAGGCAGACGACGGAAAUCCAGCAAGUCUCACAUGUCAUUGUUGAGAAUGGCGUCAAACUUCGUCUGAACAUCGUAGAUACGCCUGGGUACGGUGACCAAAUCAACAAUGAAGGCUGCUGGGACCCGAUCAUGAAGCACAUCAAGGAUCAGCACUCGGCUUACUUGCGCAAAGAGCUUACCGCGCAGCGUGACCGACACAUCCAGGACACGCGUAUUCACUGUUGCCUUUUCUUCCUCAACCCAACCGGGCACAGCUUGAGACCCAUUGAUAUCUCUGUCAUGAAGAGGCUCGUUGAAGUUGUCAAUGUCGUGCCUGUGAUCGCCAAGGCGGAUACUUUGACGUUAGAAGAGAGAGAGGUGUUCAAGGAGAGGAUUCGGGAAGAGCUCGUGUAUAACAACAUUCGGUUGUACCCCUUCGACAAGGAGGAAGACGACGAGGAAGAAAUUCGCUUGAACGAGACCAUCAGAGACAUAAUCCCUUUCGCUAUCGUCGGUUCGGAGAACAACGUGAUUAUUGACGGCAAGUCCGUCCGAGGAAGGAAAAACCGCUGGGGAGUUGUCAAUGUCGAGGAUCCCAACCAUUGCGAGUUCAGCCACUUGAGAGACUUCUUGACUAGAACGCACCUCCAAGAUUUGAUUGAGACUACUGCUCAAAUCCAUUACGAAGCUUUCCGCUCGAAGCAGCUGCUAGCUCUCAAGGACAACGUACCUCGUCCCACACCAGCCCAGUAAGGUACAUCAAGCAUGUGUCUAACAUGUUCUUUCUUUCGGUGCACAAAAUUCGGUAUAUACCCAGUUACAAAUCGUAUGCCCCGUGGACUUGGGAUUACCUCCUUUCGUAAUCACUCGCUUCUUCGUCUUGUCUGUGUUGAAAGGAGUAGUUGAACGAUUUUUCACGUUACCUUCACAUUACUCACUCGUUCCAAGUUCGUUUCCUUACUCUUGGUCUGUCUGUCCUUUACCCGUUUUAUUUGAACAUUUCUUCUUGUUUUUUGUUUUGGCGGAUAGCUAUGAAUGCAGAAAGGCUCCCGUCCUAAGUAUUCUCCCUCUGGCCAGAGCACCUUGGAGGUCAUGCCCUAUGCAGCUCUGAGCUACGCCGUUUUGAUUGAAACCAUAUUCCAUCCACUACAGUUCCUCGGAAGAUUCUCAGAGCUAACUUCAAUGCACCGGAUAUGAAAACAGG